CUAUACUCAAUUUGUUUUGUCUACUCCAAGAAGUCCUAAGCCAUCUCCACAUGAAAAUGAGAAAGGAAUACACCGCGUGCGAUAUCCAUCCCAGAGGCAAUUACAUUUUGAUAGAGUCACAAAGAACUAAACUUUGACACUGUUGGGUGGAGGCUUCAACUACUUUAUAUAUCUAAGCAUAUUGCCAAAGGAUGCCUGACUUUGUCGAUAAGGUUUUUGACUAUACUACAUACGUCGUCCAAGGGACCGCUUCCGUCCUGCAGGAUGGCUAUUCGAUAUCGAAGGAUGCGCUUCAGCAAACAUAUGAUGUUUCUAAGAAUAUAGGCGGCACGAUGGUGACCGGAGCCAAGGUAGUUUACGGAAAAGUGCAAGAGAAUGUACCUGCAGAUAUUCCAUCGAUGGUCGGUCUUGGUAUAGCGCCACCACAACCCAUACCUUCCUCACAAGUCACUGUAUCAGGCUUGAUAUAUGACAAUCUUACUGGAUUUAUUUCCAAAAAUAUUAGCUCAAUUGGACUAGGAGUGUCCAUCCCAACAAUUGGAUACACUGCGUACCAAAUUUACAGUUAUUACAUUCCAUAUGAAAGGCAUGCGAAAAGGUUAAAGAGCAGAUACCGUUAUGAAGUGGUGCUUGUUAUUGGGUCAAUGAACUCUACAUUUGUAUCAAAGCUAGUCAAUGAUCUUAACAUGCGGGGUUAUGUAGUCUUCGUUACAGUUUCGGACGAAAAAGAAUUGAAGAUUGUGGAAGAAAUAAAUGACACUGAUGUUAGGCCUCUAUUCAUUGACUUCACUAAUGACUCUAGCGUUAGAAGUAGUCUUUUGAAAUUAGGUCAGUUUUUGGAUUCUAGAAUAGAGAAUAUUGCUGAAGAAUUUUAUUAUAAUUUUAGAGGGGUUUUAGCUAUUCCAGAUUACUCCAGACUUCCGAAGCUAAAAAAUCUCCAGGAACUGAGUGCAAGAGAAUACCUAAGGGUUACUGAAACUUUUUUCUUGAAAUUCAACAGUCUAUUGUACAAUGGCGUUUUAUCGUUUAUCCGGGAAAGUAAUUCAAGAAGAGAAGUAGUAGAGAACUACAAUGAACAAAAUAUUAAAGGUGGAUAUGCCAAACUUUUAUUUAUAAAUUUUUCAGUCGUAUCAAGCAAUGACAACAGGAGAUUGAUACAUAAUCUAUCAUUGGAAACGAAUAAGUUGUUUUACAAUAUCCUUUAUCAGGAAAACGCUUUAUCUUACAGAGAAUCUACUUAUAGAGCCCUUGGAUCAUGUUGCGAUUCCUCAAUGAUAGAUAUGUCUUCUUUGGACAUCACAUUACACAAAAAUAGUAGCUCAACUCUAAUCCCAGAAUAUCCAAUGGUGCAACAUGUUUUAUCCUAUUGUAACAAAAAAAUGUCCCCUAAAGAUAUUCACCACAAAAUUUAUGACCUUUUGAACCAGCAGUGGCUAAGGAAAAGAUAUGUUAUGGAAAAUUGAGCAUUUCCAUAACUUGACUGUGUUUACAAGUGGCUGAAAUGCCCUAUGCUCAUUAUAAUAUCGGAUUUAGGUUUAUAUAUUUUUAAAGUACAUAGUUACUGAUGUUCAACGGUAUAAACUUCAUCAAGUAGCGCAAAUCAGGGGCAACAAGCCACACUCACAACUUCGAAGCAAAGCUUCAUUAGCCUUCUUUAGUUUCUUCUGGUUCACUCUGAACCUUGGGUUAUGUGAUAAUUUUACAUCUCGUGACUGUGUGAUCUUCAACUGUUCCAGCAGUGAAAUCGGCAAUGGAAAGGACUCCUUUUCUAUCAAGAACAUAUAACUUGUAACCAUCUGAGUCAAAUCUUACAGACGCAGCUUCCUUGGCCCUAAAGGCAUUGGAAACCUCUAGCACGCAAGCAAUUUUUUUAUUGUCAUUAUCAUCCAUUCUCGGGGUAGUCAUAAUGUAAACAUUACCAUUUCUAUUGAUAUAAGCAA